AUGAAUUUCAACCCGGAGUAUGAGAGCGUUGCCAAUGCUUUUGUCGGGCACUACUAUAGCAAAUUCGAUCAAAGUGAUGCCAUGGCAAGAGCACAAGGGCUUGGCGAUUUAUAUGAUCCUGAGCAUUCUUAUAUGACUUUCGAAGGUGUUCAAUGCAAAGGGCGAGAUGGAAUUCUUCAAAAAUUUUCGGGACUAACUUUCAAAAAAAUUCAAAGAGCGAUUACCAAGUGCGAUUCGCAACCUUUAUACGAUGGAUCCAUUCUCGUUAUGGUACUCGGGCAAUUGAAGACUGAUGAUGAUCCUAUUAAUCCAUUCUCACAAGUUUUUAUCCUUCGUCCGAAUAAUAGCGGCUCUUACUUCAUUGCUAAUGAAUUAUUCCGCCUCGAUCUUCAUAACAACUAG